AAAGGUUUGCCUCCCUUUCCGCAAUGCACGGAGAUGGGUCCGCUGUCAGGUUGUAUAUUACUGCAAGUCUGGCCCUUGUCUGAUAUGCCUCUCGGUCGGUAUCAUGUGCGUGUAUUGUUUACCUUUUUUUCCCACUGCGAUUCCCUUUCAAUAUGCCUGGCGGCUUCCAUCCGACGAAGGAGGUCUUUCUGUCAUGGCCGAAGCCGAAUUAUAUCGAUCCUGAAACCAAAGGCAAUCAAUUACUUGUUGUUACUAUAAUAUCCACCAUUUUGGCGAUAGCCUCCGUUCUUGCUCGAGUAUGGGUGCGGGUAGGGUAUCAAAGACAAUUCGGGGCCGACGAUAUUAUGCUGGUCCUAUGCAUAAUUCCUACAGUUGGAAUUGCUGCGCUUUUAAUACUCACUGAGACCAAAUUCCGUUGGUUUAGACACAUCUGGGAUGUGCCACUCGACGAGAUAAGUGGGAGACAAUAUCAUAGUUGGAUUGUUCAGGUUCUCUUUGUUAUUUCCACCACUUUCAGCAAGCUUUCAGCCGUGCUUUUAUACAAACGAGUGAUCGCGGGAGUCUCAAGGCCGGCCUUCCUAUAUAUCAUUAAUGCCGCCAUCGCCGCCCAAACCCUGUAUGGGGUCACCUUCGUCCUUCUGAUGAUUCUCCAGUGUCGACCGAUAAGCUCAUACUGGCUGCAAUUCUCAUAUCCGGAUCCAUACACAGAGAAAUUCUCCUGUCUAUAUGAGGGUUCAGUGCCAUUCAGUAACGCAUGUAUAAGCGUGGUGACGGACUUUUUUGCAGCUAUGCUGCCAAUGUUUCUGUUCCUACAACUACAGAUGCCUAAAAGAGACAAAUACGGUCUUGGGGCAAUCUUCGGCGUUGGAUUCAUUGUUUGCAUUUGUGGUAUUAUAAGAUCGGUUCUCGUGUACCAUAUCUUUUAUCAGUCGUUCGAUGUGACCUGGCUGAGUCAUGACCUCUGGGCCUGGACAUACGUUGAGACCAACCUUCUUGUUAUCUGCAGUGCCAUACCACCUAUGAGAGUAUUAUUCAAGCGACUCGUUGGACACUCAAAAUCACACAGCGCUUCUAAAAUACCGGUUACCAACCCGUUCCAUGGAAGGAGUCCUAGCAAUCAGUCAAACCUAGCCGACACCUCCAGGAACGGGGCUUCCACGGAGGCUAUUGCAUUGCGUGGGAUGGAACCUGGCACAAUCCAGUCUCCUAAGUCUCCUAAGGAUGAGGCGAAGGCUACUCGACAAUUUGACAGAGGUCAUAAGGUACAAAAAUCGGAGCGUUUUAGUAAGGUCUACCUCGACAAAGAGCUACCACCCGUUAAAGAAUAUCGUCCGGAUUGGGCGUGAGGGUUAUGAUAGGGGGUAAUGGCUUAUUGUAGUUAUGAAAGUUAUGUUAAUUAGCCUCGAGGGUAUUGGGGUGUUGUGUUUUCUAUAAUAUCAGGGACACACUUUAUGAAUCAUCAUUCCAACGCCGUUGUAAGGCGCUAUCACUCAAGGAAUACUGCAG